AUGUCAAGUCCAAUAACAUCACCGCCGCAGCCGCCUUCAGAGGAGCACAGCUCCAAGUCACCGGGACGCCGCCGCUCUCUUGUGGCCAGCAUUCGCCGAAGGACUUCCCGCCUAUUCCGCCAUCUGAGUAGCCCUGAAGCUGGCACUGAUAAUACUCCCGACUUCUCGCCCAAGCCCAAGCGCAGUUCGGUGGGAGGAACCGGCUGGCUCCGUUCCCAUAGCCGCAACCGUGACAACAAAGAUGAGACAUGCCCUGGUUCUGGCAAAAUUGAUGAAAAACGUAGGCUCAAGCUCGGCAGCAGCAGCCACGCCGAGGCAGUGGAGGCGCUUGUGGAGGUUGUCACCAAGGAUGGCGUACCUUAUCCGGAGCCGUGCCCUCUUGAACUGGCGUACCCACUCCCGUCGCCGGCGAAGAGCCUCACGGGACGGUUUUCAGUGUCUUCUCGCGCAAGGGCUUUCGUCCACUCUCUGUCGGGGAGCUUGCGGAAAGGCCGGGAAGGUCGCAUUGGCGACGAGGCCGAGUAUGAGAGGGCUGAAAGCUUGGGUGGGUCAAGUUUCUAUGGGGAUGAGGAGCAAGAUGUGGGCGAGGGUGUGGUAGAGGGAGAAAAAAAUGAACUUGGGCCACUGAGGAAGCUGUCGGACAACAUUUCACGGUCCAGCUCGUUUCGGAUAGGACUUCAGAAGGCUGUACAGGACAUUCUCGAGAAUAACUUCCGAUUCGAGGAUAAACAAAAGCCCGACCGCGGAAAUCUUCGCUCCCUUUGGACGAUCCAGUCGGCUGACUCGACUCCUGAGUGCGCUCUUACCUCCCCCUCCCCCCCGGCGCUGCCGCCCAAUUUUCCAUGA